AUGUCAAUCGCACCUCCACGACCGAAGCGCGGGCCUUCAGUUUUAGUGACCGACGCCCGCGAGACACGACCACAAGCGCCUCGACCACAACCACAAAGAACGGGUACGCGCAUCAUCAGCGUCGACCAUGUGCUCCAAUAUGCAUCAGAGAUACCUUCAGCGCAGCGCCGACUUCCUCCCGGCCAGCGUCCCGCGCAUCACAAUCGAACGCCCAGCGGACGACAUCCUCUUGCUCCCAAACUGAGUGGCCAAGGCAUUCCCAUUGGAGGGGCCCAUAUUCCUGCCAGAAGUUCAAAGACCAGCGAGAAGCUUGUAUUGCUGCCGGAAACAAGCCAGAAGAAUGAGACCAUACAAGGCUUCGAAGAGGAGGACGACUCAGCGCCGCCGAGGGAUGAUGAGCUUAGAAGGCGGCGACUGCAGAUUGACGGCAAGAGCCAUGCCGAGAGGCUGUCAAAAACGCAAAGAGAAGCCGACGAGGAGAUCAAGCGGACAACAGCAUAUUGUACCGCACAAAGCUACAAGCUGAGACAAACUGCAACAUUUGUGCGCGACCAACACGGUGCAAAGACGAAGCUAUACGAUGACUGCCUAUACUGCGUCUAUCAGCUGCCACUGCUCGGCGGCUCAGAUGGGUAUCGUGUACGAAGCAGUCCUGUUUUGAAGAACCCUGGUGGAAGAAGCGUGCUGGACGAGCAGAUUGAGGCGAAUGAAAGGCGACAAUACCGCGAAGGCUGGGGCGAAGAAAGCGAGGAAUAUUCUGUACGUGACAACUACAAUCCUGCAUCACCGCCGCCAGAGAUGCAACAACAAGACGUCACCUUCCCAUCGCCACAUGCUGGCAUUUCGCCAAAUGCGCACACUGUCGCAGAACUUUUCAUCUUUAGCUACGGCGUUGCAGUGUUAUGGAACUUCACACCCAACCAGGAAAAGGACCUGCUCGCAGAUCUCACCUUCUCCGCCACCUCUGCAUUGCAUCUUCUGCCUGGUGGAAAGCACGAAAGGCCGCUCAGCCAGAAAGCUGCAGCGAGCCUACCUCCAUUGGCAUUACCGCUAAUGACCAGACCGCUUGAUGAAAGCGACUUCGAGACUGAAGAGUUCCAUUUCCAGUACGAUGAGACCGCUGAAAAGCCGAGGAUAUACAACGAUAUGAUCACGUUAAGGACUAGCGAUCACAUGAUCAAGCUCGCAAUGUCCCACGCUAUCGCACAGAGCACGAAGCUGUCGUUCUUCGAAGAGCGAAUGCAGAGAACGAUGGAGUCAGCGCAAUAUGUGCCACGGAGGCUUGCGCUAGAAGGUCGCCUCGGCAUGGACCGCAAGGAGAUUGUCGGCCUUGUAGGAAGACUGUUUGAAGGACGAGUCGAUGUCAAUCUCAGCUCGAACAUGCUGGAUACGCCAAAUUUCUUCUGGGACGCAGAACCGACCCUGCACCCGCUGUACGCUGCCGUUCGCGAGUAUCUCGAGAUCAAGCCGAGGAUCCAAGUGCUGAACGAGAGGUGUCGUGUAUUUUUGGAUUUAGCAGAGAUCCUCUCAGACAGCAUAGCGGAUGUCAAGAUGACGAGAAUCACCUGGAUCAUCAUCGUGUUGAUCAUCUUGAGUAUUUUGGUCACGUGUACGGAAGUAUUUCUGCGCUUCGGCAUUCUGGCAGCAGGGAAGAACAAGAAAGGCGCAGACAAUGCUGCGAUGCUCCUUCAAGCUGGCUUGGGCAGAAUAUCCGGUGAGCUGUAA